UCAAUAGGGAGCGGAAGGUGCUUGUCACCAAGCCUGAUGACCUGAGCGCAGUCUCCCGGCCCCACAUGGUAGGAGGAAAGAGACAACGUGUGCAUGCUGUCCUCUCAUCGCCACAAGUAUACUGCAUCCGUAUCUGUGCCCACACACAUACACACAGAUUAAUAAGGAAAUGCAAAAACUUUAAAGUAGUAACAAAAAUUUUAGUAAUACUGAUUUUGUAGCAUAACUUGCUGCAAAAACCCGAUGAUCCGAGUUCAAUCCCCGUGGCAGAGACCGAACGGAUGCCCAAAGGUUGCUCUUUGACCUCUACACAUGCUCCGUGUCACAUGUGCGCCCCGCCCCUUACAACACACACCAUGAGCACACGGAAUAAUAACAGAAUAAAAGCCAACAACAAGGGAAAGGCGUUUUAGUAACAUUUCAGACCUACAGAAUAAUCCCUAAAUAAGUGUGGGAGCCGAGGAAGGCCUGGCUGAAGUGUAAGGAAUGUGAAGUCCUACAAGAAUGUGGAUUGUUGACAAGGGUUUGUUUAUCUUAAGGACCAGGGGGCCUCAGACUUGUGGGAGUGGAAAGCCUUCUCCCUGUCAGGCGCCGGGGACUAGCAAAGCUUUCCUCUGGUCAGUGUCCUCGCUGGCCACUGGUCGAGGAAGGAGCAUAAAUGGCUGGUUGGGAGGUAGAGAUCUGAACCCGGCGCUCGGCCCUCUUUCUUUUUGCUCAGUACAAGGAAUCCAGUUCAAGGAAUGCUGCCUCCCUCCGCAGAGCAGGCCUUUCUGCAUCAUUUAAAUUGUUUCAGAAACUUCCUCAGAGCUCCACCCAGAGGUGUGCUUCUACAUAAUCCCAUCAAAUUAACUGUCAGGGAAAGUAACCUGAAAAUGGGCUUUCCACAUCUGCCACGCACGUCUGCCGCGCACGUCUGUCACGUCUGCCGCUGUCAAUCUGCCCUUGUGAAACUGUCAGCAGCAAAUGCAGGUUUGUGUGUCAACAGUCUCCUAUUGUCACACUCCUAGUUUUUGCUGAUCUGAUGAGUGUGAGUGGCUUGUUGCUGACUGUUUUGUUUCUGCCGUCUUGAUUAGUAGAGAGGUUGAGUAUUUUCACUGAAGUUUUUCCAUUGAUGAGCCUACUCAUAAUCUCUGUCCGUUUUAGCCCUGGGAUGUUUAUCUUUUGUAUGGUAGUGGGGUGGUUUGACUCUGCUUGGCCCAGGGAGUGGCGCUAUUAGGAGGCGUGGUCUUGUUGGAGUAGGUAUGGCCUUGUUGGAGGAAGUGUGUCACUGUGGCUGUGGGCUUGGAGACCCUUCUUCUAGUCACGUGGUAUAUACUCUUCUCCUGCCUGCCUUUGGAUCAAAAUGUAGAACUUUCGGCUCCUCCAGGCAAUUGUCUGCCUGGAUGCUGCCAUGCUUCCGGCCAUGAUGAUAAUGGAUUGAACCUCUGAACCUGUAGGCCAGCCCCAAUUAAAUGUUGUCCUUUAUAAGAGUUGUCUUGGUCAUGGUGUCUGUUCACAGCAAUGCAAACCCCAACUAAGACACGUAUAGAAAUAGAUAGAGAUUUGAAUGAAUAUAGAUAAGGAGAGAUAUAUAAAUACCAACUUUUGUGGUUGUUUCACAUUUAUUCAUUCAUUUAUUUAUGGCAGUGUCUCAUGAAUCCCAGGCUGGCUUUGAAUUCACCUUAUAGCUGAGGAUGACUUUAAACUUCUGACCCUCUUGCCUCUACCUCCCAAGUGCUAGGAUUGCGGGUGGGUGCUACCAUUUCCUUUUUUAUGUACUGCCGGGGACUGACCCCAGGGCUACACACAUGGUAGGCAAGCUCCACAUGACCUGAGCUGCACCUAUAGAAAUUUGCUUGUGUUUUUUUAAAGGAUUUUUUUUUUUAAUUUUCUCAGUGGUUUAUAUUUCUUUGGUGCAUGCUUCUCCAUGGAGUCAGGCAUUUAAAAACGUAUUCAUCUUUCCCUGUAUCAUUUGGACUUUAUAUGUCUCAAAAAAUAAACCCUUUUUAUCCUGAGCUGAUAAAGACAUACUGUUUUUUAAUGCCUUCUAUCGACCUUUUAUCCUGAAAUAACUUCAAAGUUAUGAAAUAUUAUAAAAUAUGACAAGAAACUUAUUCAUGCUCUCUACUCUGAUCCACUUAUGUUUUUCAAAGAGCAUGUGUGUUUGUGGUCUAUGCGUGUAUGUGCAUGGGUAUACUUGGGCACAUUGGUCUAUGCAUGUGUGUGCAUGGCAGUGUACUUGGACACACUGGUCUAUGCAUGUAUGUGCAUGGGUGUACUUGGGCACACUGGUCUAUGCAUGUAUGUGCAUGCGUGUACUUGGGCACACUGGUCUAUGCAUGUAUGUGCAUGCGUGUACUUAGGCACACUGGCCUAUGCAUGCCCAGAGAUUGACAUUGGUAUCAAUUCAUUCCUCUCUCUCUCUCCAUCUUAUUGUUUUAUUUCUUGAAAUUGAAUUACAUCAUUUCCCAUGUCCUUUCCUCCCUGCAACCUCUCAUGCACACAUGUAUAAAUUUCUAAAUACACAAAUACAACCUUCUCAGUCCAUAGGAUGUUACCUGUAUGUAUGUGACCUCCGGGCUGACCACUUGGUAUUGGAUAGUCAAUUGGAGGGCUCGUUUCUGGGGGAGACCCAGAAGACUCCUGCUCUUAGCACUUCCCAUAGUUCUUUGUGCAAGGAUGGGGUGCUCGAGCUUGCCCCUUCCGUGUUAGAAUACCCGUUAGUGUUAUUGUUCACGUCCUGUUUAGGCAGACGUGUUGAUGAAACCUAAUGGGGAUAGCCUCUCUGACAUCUCUAGGAAUUAAACCAUGGAAGCAUCAUGAAUGUGUCUCAUCCUUGCAAAGAGGCCCUGCUGAUCCUCUCUGUGUUGUUCUAAUUUUAGUAUAUAAGCUGCACCUCUGUGCUAUUGUUAAAUUUUACUUUAUUAUUCUAUUUGUCUGGGUGUUUUGCCUGCAUGUGUGUCUGUGCACCUGCCUGAGGAGGCCAGCAGAGGGCACUGGAUCCCCUGGAACUGGAGUUACAGAAAGUUGUGAGCUGCCAUGUGGGUGCUGGGAAUCAAACCUGGGGCCUCUGGAAGACAGUAAGUGUCCUGAGCCUUCUUUCUAUAUUGACGUCUAUAUGCAGGCGAGGGCAGGCACAAGACAAGGCAAGGCCUGUGAUUGGACAGUGAAAAAGAAAGGUGAGUACAGAGUUUUUGAGAGGCCGGAGAGAUAGGAGAAGGGACGAGAAGAUAGAGGAGGAGAAGGAUGACCCACCCCCGUGUGGCUUUAAUUAGCCACAGUUAGCUAUGAAUAUCUUAUAAGGGAUGGACUAUUAUAGGAUAAUUCAUCUUAUCUAGGUGGGAAGUUUAUAUCAAUAUCAAUUGGCUCUGAGUUUAUCGUGUGGACAUUUUGUGGAGUGAGAAUUUACUGAUAUAAAUCUGAUUGAUAGAUUACAAGCCUCUAGAGUUUUGAUUUUAACAGGUUACUGGGAGUUGUGACAAUAACUACAGGGGUGGAAGCUGGGAAUGUGAGCAGAGUCCGCAGCAGAGAGCCAAGAGGUAGAUGGCUGCUGACAGGGCUAGCCAUGGAGGCGGAGCAAUCACCAGGGACAGAGAGUAGCAGGAGGCAAUGCGGCAUGGUGCCUGGUGCCCCACAUCAUAUUGUUAUUACUUACCACAACAGUCAUUUUUAAUUUGUAACAUUUAUGUAUUGAUUUUGUGAGUAUAAGUAUGCCACAGUGUGUGAGAGUCUGUUUGAGUGUGUGUAUGUGUGUAUGUGUAUAUGUGCAUGCAUGUAUGUAUAGGUAUGUGUGUAUGUGUAUAUGUAUAUGUGUAUGUGUGUGUAUGUGUAUGUGUUUGUGUGUAUAUAUGUAUGUGAGUGUGUGAGUGUAUGUGUGUGUGAUAUGUGUAUAUGUGUGUAUAUGUGUGUAUAUGUGUGUAUAUGUGUGUAUAUGUGUGUAUAUGUGAAUGUGUAUAUAUGUGUGUACAUGUAUGUGUGAAUAUGGGUGUGUAUGUGUGUGUUUGUAUGUGUAUAUAUGUGUGUGUUUGUACAUGUGUGAAUAUGUGUGUGUGGUGUAUAUGUGGGUUUGUAUAUAUAUGUGUAUGUGUGUUUGUGUGUGUGAAUAUGGGUGUGUAUGUGUGUGGUUAUGUAUGUGUAUAUAUGUGUAUGUGUUUGUAUGUUUGUGAAUGUGUGUGUAUGUGUGUAUAUAUGGGUGUGUAUAUAUGUGUGCAUGUGCAUAUAUGUGUGUGUGCGAGUGUGUGUGUGUGUGUGUGUGUGUGUGUGUGUGAUUAUUAGAAGAUAACUUGCUGGAGUUAAUUCUCUCCUUCUAUUAUAUGGGUCCCAGGAAUCAAAUUCAUUCUUCAAGAGCCAUCUCAAAAGUGUUCUUUUGUUUGUUCCAAAACAUGACUCCACUAUGUAGCCAGACUGGCCUCAAAGUCACUGCCCUCUGAUCUCCACCUCCUGAGUCCUGAGGCUACAGGCUCCCGCUGAGGCUACAGGCCCACUAUGCCUGACUGAUGCUGAUAUUGUUGUAGAAUUCUCAUAACUCCACUUAAAGUUUUCCCUAAAGGCUGCAUAUGAGCUGGAAGGAAGGAGGGGGAGAGGGAGGGAGCAGAGAAAUUAUGUAAGAGAUGAAAUAUGACAAUUUACUCAAAACUAAUUACUGGAGGAGCAAAGGGGUGUCCCGUACCUGUAGACAGAAUACCAUGCAUGGAGCAGAGGGUGUGGGGAGAGGCUGCAGCAGUUCCAAGCCUGAAGAGACCACUCAACCAACCGUUCAGAACCUUACUUAUUGACUGGCUCCCAGCACCCACGUGUGGCUCGCACUGUGUGUAACUCCAGCGUUCUGAUGCCUCUUCUUCUCUCUGCUGGCCACUGCACACAUGUGGUGCACACAUGUGUAUGCAUACAUAUACUUAGGCACCCAUCGAUAUGUAGAGAAAAGAAUAAUUCAUGUUUGAGGCAGGGUCUAUGGGUAGCCCUGGAAUUCUCUAGGUAGACUUGGCUGACUUUGAAUUCACAGAGAUCCACCUGCCUCUGUUUCCCUUAUACUGGGACUAAAGGUUGUCACACCCUGCUAUAAAUAUUUUUUUUACAGUUAAAAAUGCAGCAAUCAUAUGUCUGCUGUCAAUCAACCUAUAAACAGUAGAUGGGGUAACAGUUUAUAAUCGUGGAAAUAUCCUUAUGGUCUUCAAAAGUUCUCCCUAGCUUUAGUGUCCAUGGAUGAUUUUUUUUAAAAAAAUAGCUUUAUUAUCUUUUUUACACUUGUUUCUAUGCACUUCUGCGCACCACCAGUGUGCCUGGUGCUUUCUUUGAGAAACUAGCACUGGGUCCCCCUGGAACUGGAGUUAGAGAUGGUUGUGAGCCAUCAUGUGGGUGCUGGGAAUUGAACCUAGGUCCUCUGAAAAAGCAGCAAGUGCUCUUAACCACUGAACCAUCUUUCCACCUUCCCACAGAUGAUUCUUAUCUGAUUCAUUUUUUUUUCCAGAGACAGCUGAAAAGAAGAUAAAUAUUUUGUUUUCACACGUAAGUCUGAUUUGGAAUUCGUGAGGAGCGUGAGGUAUAGACCAGAUUCGGUUAAGUUCUUUUCCUGUAUUAGUUAAAGCAACCGGGGCUGUCUAAAAGCAGAGCAGACCCCAUUCUAGAGACGAGCGGUCGGAUUCUCAUCCUCUAUCAGGCCGCCCCUUUCUGCUUGAUUAAAAGAUUCUAAUCGGCUUGGAGAGAUUAAGGACUGCAGCGGGUUGUUCCCACACCCCCGCCCUGGGCUGGGCUGCCAGGGGAGACCGAAGGGACAUCGACCCUGUGACCCUUUAGCCAAGCCCUAGCCCCGGACUUCCCGGUAAGUAAUGAAUGAUCCACACAGAAACUUCGGUCCUGUGUGAAGGCGUGGGAUUAUUUCCCACUGAACCCCCAAGACUGCUGAUGAGGAAGGGAGAGUAAACAAUCUGAGGCAAGCAGGAUAGGCCAAAGAGACCUUGGAGCGAUGCGCUGGGCCGCCAUCUAGGGUCCUGGAAGCCAAGACACCCUAGGGGUUGGGCGGAAUUUGAAAAACAGACUUGAGCAUAGAGCCCUACGGGAGUGAGUGCUGAGGGUCUCAACUCUCAUCCUGUUCGCUCUGUGUUCACAGAAGAGGGCAAUGAGUGCGUGGCUCCUGCCAGCGGGAGGGUUUCCCGGCGCUGGGUUCUGUAUCCCUGCGUGGCAGUCCCGGUCCAGCCUCUCGCGGGUCCUGCGCUGGCCAGGGCCUGGGCUGCCCGGACUCCUGCUCCUGCUGCUGCUCCCAUCUCCGUCUGCCUUCUCCGCUGUGUUCAAAGUGGGGGUGCUGGGCCCCUGGGCUUGCGACCCCAUCUUUGCACGGGCCCGACCGGAUCUGGCUGCGCGUCUGGCCACCGACCGCCUGAAUCGUGACCUUGCCUUAGACGGCGGCCCCUGGUUCGAGGUUACGCUGCUCCCAGAGCCCUGCCUGACUCCGGGCUCGCUAGGGGCUGUGUCCUCCGCGCUGACUCGAGUCUCUGGCUUGGUGGGUCCGGUGAACCCCGCGGCCUGCCGGCCAGCCGAGCUAUUAGCCCAGGAAGCUGGAGUAGCGCUGGUGCCCUGGGGCUGCCCUGGCACGCGGGCGGCGGGUACUACAGCCCCGGCGGUGACCCCCGCUGCAGAUGCCCUGUAUGUCCUCCUUAAAGCAUUCCGCUGGGCCCGCGUGGCCCUGAUCACCGCACCCCAGGACCUGUGGGUGGAGGCGGGACGCGCUCUGUCCACAGCACUCAGGGCCCGGGGUUUGCCAGUUGCCCUAGUGACCUCCAUGGUGCCUUCAGACCUGUCUGGAGCCCGAGAGGCCCUCAGAAGGAUCCGAGACGGGCCUAGAGUUAGAGUGGUUAUCAUGGUGAUGCACUCGGUACUGCUGGGCGGCGAGGAGCAGCGCUACCUACUGGAAGCUGCAGAAGAGCUGGGUCUGACUGAUGGCUCCCUGGUCUUCCUGCCCUUUGACACCCUUCACUACGCGUUGUCUCCAGGCCCGGAGGCUCUGGCUGCAUUUGUCAACAGCUCCAAGCUCCGCAGGGCUCACGAUGCGGUGCUCACGCUGACACGCCGCUGUCCUCCUGGAGGCAGCGUGCAAGACAGCUUGCGCAGGGCCCAAGAACACCAGGAGCUGCCCCUUGACCUCGACCUGAAGCAGGUCUCUCCGCUGUUUGGCACCAUCUAUGAUGCUGUCUUCCUGUUGGCUGGGGGCGUGACGAGAGCAAGAGCAGCAGUGGGUGGCGGCUGGGUGUCAGGUGCAUCUGUGGCCCGCCAAAUGCGGGAAGCUCAAGUCUUUGGCUUUUGCGGGAUCCUGGGAAGAACCGAAGAGCCCUCCUUUGUGCUGCUGGACACAGAUGCGGCAGGAGAACGGCUGUUCACAACACACCUGCUGGAUCCUGUCUUAGGCUCCCUGCGUUCCGCUGGGACCCCCGUGCACUUCCCUAGAGGUGCACCUGCUCCGGGUCCCGAUCCUUCCUGCUGGUUCGAUCCAGAUGUGAUCUGCAACGGAGGGGUGGAGCCAGGCCUGGUCUUUGUUGGCUUCCUCCUGGUGAUAGUGGUGGGACUGACUGGAGCCUUCCUGGCUCAUUACUUGAGGCACAGGCUGCUACACAUGCAAAUGGUCUCCGGCCCCAAUAAGAUCAUCCUGACCUUGGAAGAUGUUACUUUCCUCCACCCACAAGGGGGCAGCUCUCGAAAGGUGGCCCAGGGAAGUAGAUCCAGUCUGGCUACCCGGAGUACAUCAGACAUUCGCAGUGUCCCCAGCCAGCCCCAAGAGAGCACCAACAUUGGCCUCUAUGAGGGCGACUGGGUUUGGCUGAAGAAAUUUCCAGGAGAACACCACAUGGCCAUCCGGCCGGCGACCAAGAUGGCCUUCUCCAAGCUGCGGGAGCUCCGCCAUGAGAAUGUGGCUCUCUACCUGGGACUCUUCCUGGCGGGUACAGCAGACAGCCCUGCCACCCCUGGGGAGGGAAUCUUGGCUGUGGUCUCCGAGCACUGUGCUCGGGGCUCCCUCCAUGACCUCCUGGCCCAGAGAGACAUAAAGCUGGACUGGAUGUUCAAGUCUUCCCUCCUGCUGGACCUCAUAAAGGGAAUGAGAUAUCUCCACCAUCGUGGUGUGGCCCACGGGAGGCUUAAGUCACGGAAUUGCGUGGUGGACGGGAGGUUCGUGCUCAAGGUGACAGAUCAUGGCCACGGGCGACUUCUGGAAGCGCAGAGGGUUUUACCCGAACCUCCCAGUGCAGAGGAUCAGCUAUGGACAGCCCCAGAGCUGCUUCGGGACCCAGCUCUAGAGAGACGGGGAACUCUAGCUGGUGACGUCUUUAGCCUGGGCAUCAUCAUGCAGGAGGUCGUGUGCCGCAGCACACCUUAUGCCAUGCUGGAGCUAACGCCCGAGGAAGUGAUACAGAGGGUGCGGAGCCCUCCCCCACUGUGCCGGCCCUUGGUGUCAAUGGACCAGGCACCUAUGGAAUGCAUCCAGCUGAUGGCUCAAUGCUGGGCAGAGCAUCCAGAGCUUCGGCCUUCCAUGGACCUCACCUUUGACCUGUUCAAGGGCAUCAACAAGGGCCGGAAGACGAACAUCAUUGACUCCAUGCUUCGGAUGCUGGAGCAGUACUCUAGUAACCUGGAGGACUUGAUCCGAGAACGCACAGAGGAGUUAGAGCAGGAGAAGCAGAAGACAGACAGGCUGCUCACACAGAUGCUCCCUCCAUCUGUGGCUGAGGCCCUGAAAAUGGGGACAUCUGUGGAGCCUGAAUACUUUGAAGAGGUGACACUCUAUUUCAGUGACAUUGUGGGCUUUACCACCAUUUCAGCCAUGAGUGAGCCCAUUGAGGUGGUCGACCUGCUUAAUGACCUCUAUACACUCUUUGAUGCCAUCAUCGGUUCCCACGAUGUCUAUAAGGUGGAAACAAUUGGAGAUGCAUACAUGGUGGCCUCCGGGCUGCCACAGAGGAACGGGCAGCGGCAUGCUGCAGAGAUUGCCAACAUGUCACUGGACAUCCUCAGUGCAGUCGGCUCCUUCCGCAUGCGCCAUAUGCCGGAGGUACCAGUGCGCAUCCGCAUUGGUCUGCACUCGGGCCCGUGCGUGGCCGGUGUGGUGGGCCUCACCAUGCCUCGGUACUGCCUGUUUGGGGACACGGUCAACACUGCCUCACGAAUGGAGUCCACUGGACUGCCUUAUCGCAUCCAUGUAAACAUGAGCACUGUUCGGAUUCUUCGGGCUCUGGACCAAGGCUUCCAGAUGGAAUGCCGAGGCCGCACAGAGCUGAAGGGCAAGGGUGUUGAGGACACGUACUGGCUUGUGGGCAGAGUCGGCUUCAACAAGCCCAUUCCCAAACCACCUGACCUGCAACCAGGGGCCAGCAACCAUGGCAUCAGCCUGCAGGAGAUUCCCCCAGAGAGACGCAAGAAGCUAGAGAAAGCCAGGCCAGGCCAGUUUACUGGGAAGUGAAGCUCUACUGGGGACAGGAUUAUUCUGCAAGGCCCUUCCUGAAGUUGCUGUGAUAUGGGGGACUAAGGCCCAAGGCUUCUGUCCAAUUCUGCCUCCAAGGAUUCUGAGCCAGGAGUCUGCUGCAAACCAGCUCUGUGACCCUGGAAAGUUCUGAAGUGCUGUCCAGGCUCCCCUCGGUGGUAAAAUGAGGAGGGGCUAAGUGGUUUCCAUCACCCUGCGGUCUUUAUAAUGGCUGAUCUUGAGAUCAGGAUUCUGUGGCAUAUGACCCCCAUUUCAAGGACCCUGAGCUCUUUGGAGGUUGCAGAGGUGGAUGGGGACCUCAAAAAUAAGACCCCAAAAGUAAGAACCUGGGUUCAGAAACCCAGAGGAAGUGGAGGCCUCAUGUUCUAUCAGGACAGGGGUCAUCAUGUGGCCUGGAAAGACUAGGGCUUCUACUCAUCUCAGUCCUGUUCUCACCUCCAUUACUCACUGGUCAGAAACUGGUUCCUUCUCCAAUGGGCAGAACCAAAGCACUUGCCCAAGUGCAGAGAAAACCUUGCUCUGGGGGAGGGAAACUAGCUGCACCCAAACUUUGCUAACCAGAAUGGUAGAUGAAUAGUUUACUCUCGACUUAGCUGGGUGCUGGUGAAUUGACUGUCGAAGAAAACCAUUUCUACCACACCCAGUACUGGCCAAUGCCCAGUUUCCUUUGCAGAACUCUGAGGGGCCAGAUCUGGGCUUUGGCAUGUUUGACUCUGGCUGUCUUCUCUCAUCGAUACAGACUCUGGAUGGAGGCUGUUAGCACCAGACACUCAGUAGGCGGUGAGUGUCCAGGACCUGGUGAUGUGCAGAACUGGAGAGGUGUUGACAGAAUCUGAAAUGGAUUAACCCCUCGCUAUGGGGGGGUGCAGCUGGCAGCCAGCAGCAUUGGCAUCAUUGGCAUCAUUGUUAGACACACAGAGCCUCAGUCUCACCCCACACCCAUGGAAUCAAGUCUGCAUGUUAAACGUUAUAGGCCCACAACAACUUCUUUUUUUUUUUUUGGUUCUUUUUUUCGGAGCUGGGGACCGAACCCAGGGCCUUGCGCUUCCUAGGCAAGUGCUCUACCACUGAGCUAAAUCCCCAACCCCCCACAACAACUUCUUAAUCUGAGAAUAGAAUGCCCAGGACAGAAAAUUAAUUUAAAGUGGUUAUAUAUAUAUAUAUACAUAUAUAUGUAUAUGUAUAUGUAUAUGUAUAUGUAUAUGUAUAUGAAAAUUAACUUAAAGUGGCAUACUAAACAUAGAUAGGUAGACAGACAGACAAAUCAAUAGAUAGAUAGAGGCAUAUGUGCAUGCUUGGGGUCAGGGUCAGGUGUGGUAGCACACACAUGACUUUAAUGGCAGCCCUGAGCAGGCAGAGGUAGAUGGAUAUCUGGGUUUGAAGCCAGACUGGUCUACAUAGAGAGUUUCAGUCCAGCCAAAGCCAGCAUUAAAACCUAUGUGAACAAAAUAACUAUAUGUAGUUACGUAUGUAAUACAUAAGCCAGGGCUAGAGAGAUAGAUAGCUCAGUGGUUAAGAUCACUUGCUGAUCUUCCAGAGGAUCCAGGUUUGAUAUUCAAGACCUACAUCGAGCCUAACAGCCAUCUGUAACUUCAGUUUUAGGGGAUCUGACGUUUUCUUCUGGCCUCUGUGGGCACCAGGCAUGCACACGAUGCACAGACACACUCGGGCAAAACACCUAUACACAUAAAAUGAAUAAUUUUAAAAUAAAUCUAAAAAAAAACCUUUAUCUAAAAAAUAAAAACAUUAUAGUCAGCCCUAAGCAUCUAAAUAAGGUACGAAUUCAAGGACAAUUCCGAUGGACACUAAAUCCCCUGGGUCUCAAGUCCCUUAUUCAAGAUGGAACUUUCUACAUUGCACCUAUGCACUUUAUCCUGUGUGCUUUAAGUAAGUUCUGUAUUAUUUAUAAUGUAUAUGAUAGGGAAUAAUGACAAGAAAAACUGUCAGUACAUGUUCAUAGCAGACACAGCCUCUAGGCCUAACUGCAUAGUACACAGUCAUGCUUGGCUGUGUUGGCAUAAAAACCACAGGUCUCGUCUUAAAGUAAGAGAUGAUGGCUUACUCUGGAGCCAUUUUGAGUGACCUUGGCCUAGAAACACAGAUUUCGGUUAUCCCAAGUUCCGUAUUCCAAUGUGGAAGCAGACACAUGGGUUUUAAGUACAUUGAUGCAUAUACCGGAGAGGUGCCUACAAGAUGGGGGAAGCCUGUCUACAGGCUGGAGAUGCUGUUCAUGACAUUCUUAGCUCUUGGAUUGGUGGAAGCUGGUGUUCUGCUAAAUUAACAGCUUCUAGGAGGUUUUUACUCAUUAUCACAAGAUGGUGGCUGUACGUGAACAGCUUCUAGAGACUUACGUUUAUUGUCAUGGCGUGUUAGUUCUGAUACAGAGGGAAGUAAGGAAUGGCUGUUCCAGAAGCUAAAACGAACCCAGGCCCGUCCAAGUUAAGGAAGUAAGCCUCUGACCUACAAAAUUCCAGUCUGGGAUUCCAAUGGGCUCCAUCAGUCUCUGCAGACAACAGCUUCUUUUUCAGGAAUUUUCCCUCACAGCUGAAUCCAUGGAUGUGACAUCAGAAAAACACAAAGGGCUAACUGCACUAGAUUCUCCCUGUUCCUGAGAUCAAAAGCACCUCGUGGGGCUUGAAUCACCCCUUGGCCACAGUCGCUUUAAUCCAGGACACCACCGUCCAGUUCUCACAGCCCCUACUCCUCCCAGUAAUGCAAGCUCCCCUGCCUGGCAUCUGCGGGCAUCCUGCUUAGGGCUUUAGGACCUUAGCUGCUUGCCGGGUUUCUCCUCCUCUUCCUCCUUUUAGUACUGAUUAAUGGCUUCCUAACGGCAAUAAUUAGUAAUAAUAAUAAUAAUAAUAAUAAUAAUAAUAAUAAUAAUAAUAAUAAUAAAAGUACAUGCAGCCCGCAGCCCUUUCAGUUCUGGUCAGCUAAGUGGUGCUGCUAAUGGGCUUUUUAGUGCGAAUUUAAAAAAAAUUUAACUGUGUUCAUAAAUAAUGAAUUAAAGCUGGAAACAAAGCAAAAAAGAUAGAACAUGCAUUUUACAGUUAAACAUCCUUCAUACAAGUUUUUCUCUGUACUUGGGUCCCAGGGUUGAAGGGUAGAUUCCAAACUCCCAAACUGCUGGCCUUAGACCCAACUGGGGAUUAGCUCUCAAAACUCCUGUCCUUCCUUCCCUCCUGUUCUCUCAUCCUUUCCUCCCCCUUCUCCCUAGGUCCUGGAGUAGUGCUAGUUAGUAUAUAACUCAGGAAGUCCCGGGGAAGAGUUACUCUGGUUAGGAGCUGGAGGCCGAGCCUGGGCAGGCUGCGGCAGGUAGGAAGAGUGAUGAGCUGAGGUCCAUGCAGACCUGAGGCUAGAGGAGGAGUGGGCAAGGUUCAGCAGGCCCACUGAUUCCUGGGCUGAGCAUCGUGGCUGUAGUUUCAGGUGCCUGACUGAUAGGUUGGGAGAGCAAGCUGUUGCUCCAGAAUUCACAGAAGCAGUGGGAGAAAGAGAAGAAAGGUUGCAAGGCUCCUCGCAAGGCCCCUCUAUUCCUCACUCUCCACUUCCCCCUCUGUCUCCUUCUCUGCCCCACUCUCCUCUCUUCCCUCUCCUAGUACCCCUUUGCCCAUGUUUCUCCCCGCCUUUCUAAGCAGUUUCGUCUAUUUCUGAGGACACCCCCCCCCCCGCCAACCAACCCCAGACUCUGAUUACUAACUGCCAAUCUUAGAGUCCUGACUCAAAUAUUCUCUGCCUCCCACUCUGUUGUCCCCAGACCCAGGCAACUCACAGCCCAUGAAAGCACCUGCCGUGGUCACAGGGUACUCCACGGCUUCAGAUGUGCCUAUGCUACCUCGGCCAGCAGGCCUGCCCCAGGAGCCCACCCUUGGGGCUGUUCUUGCCUUUGGGAUGGCUCUGUAGCUGGGACCAAUCAUAGCCAAAGCAGGGACUUUCUUCAGCUGCUGUGUAGGUUCCCAGGGGGUGCCUCAGGACUCACUGGCAGUCCUUCCUGUGCACUGUUCUUUCAGUCUGGUCCCUGCUCUACCUGCCUACCUGGGGUGGACCCCAGGCACUCCCCUUUGAGGAAGUGGGGUGAACUACACCCAGGCAGGGACUUGUAACACAACAUCAUAGGGUCAUCCGUGUUCAUAGGAAUCUUUUGUACUUUGCACCCAGCACACCAGGUGGUGUAUCCUGGUGUCUGGGUCCUGGGAUGGUGGUGACUGAAAUAAAGAUAUGCAUCCUUC